AUGUUGCCUGUGCCACUAGUCCCCAUUGUGGAUAAGCAUCAGGACCUCUUCGCAUCGAUCAACGCCUUCGUGCACGCUUACAUGUCGCAAUACGAUAACUCGCAUGACUAUCAGCACAUCCUCCGAGUCCUUUCCAACACAAAUCGCAUCUAUGCCGCGGAGCUCAAAGCAAAUCCAUCCGUCUCGUACGACACCACGGUUCUCUUCCUCGCAGCUCUUCUCCAUGAUGUGGGAGAUCACAAGUAUGCGAAGCCCGGUGAGGACGUUGAGAACCAAAUCAAAAACACGAUGUUGGAGAAAGGCGCAGACACAAACCUAGCAGUGACAGUUCAGACCAUUGUCAAAAACGUCAGCUAUACCAAUGAAAUCCGCAACCCAGAGUCCGUUGCUGCAGUCAUCUUAAAACACCCCGAGUUGGCAAUUGUACAGGAUGCAGAUCGUCUGGAUGCCAUUGGCGCUGUAGGUGUGGGACGUUGCUUUUCCUUCGGUGCGGCCAAGUUCCCGGAUCAGCCCAUGAGUAGGGCGAUUGAUCAUUUUGAAGAAAAACUGGUCAAACUGGAGAAUAUGAUGAAGACUGGGGCGGGGAAAGAGAUGGCAAAACGGAGAACGAAAGUACUGGAGGACUUUCAGAAAGAGUGGGAGGCGGAGGCGGAUUUGAGCUUUGGGUUCGAGUAA